GUUGAAAUCGAAGCUCCACAAAUUUUCAACCAUGGAAGCUCGCCUUUUCUUCAUCUUCAUCAUCUGCUUAUUUUCACUCAAUACUUGUUCCUCAUCAUCUGAAUCUGUAGAGAUCGUUCCUCUGAAAGAAGUGGAGAAGGUCCAAGUAACUUUCUACUACGAAUCGCUCUGUCCGUACUGUGAGAAUUUCAUCGUCAAUUAUCUGAUAGAUGUGUUCACCGAAGGAAUUGAUGCCAUCGCCGAUGUAAAACUGUUUCCUUAUGGAAACGCGAAGGUCAAUUCCAACGGCAACAUCACUUGCCAGCAUGGGGAGCAAGAAUGCUUGCUUAACACUGUGGAAGCCUGUGCAAUCAAUACUUGGCCUGAUGUGCAUGAUCACUUCCCUUUCAUCUUUUGCGUUGAAAGAUACCUCUAUUAUGACAAGUUCGACAAGUGGGAAUCAUGCUUUGAGGAACUGAGUUUGGAUCCAAAACCCGUGAAGGAUUGCUACACUAGCGGAUAUGGAAACCAGCUUGAACUACAAUAUGCAGCCGAGACAAAUGCUCUUCAACCACCGAAAAAAUACGUGCCAUGGGUUGUUGUGGAUGGCAAACCACUUUAUGAUGACUACGUUUACAUUAUAACGAAUAUCUGCAGAGCAUACAAGGGGCCGACUUUGCCGAAAGCUUGCCUGAGGUGUUUGGCAUCAUCUGCAAGCACCAUUGGCAUUGGGACCCCUGAGGAUAGAGAGAUCCCACUUCACCCAGUUACUUAUGUAGAUAAACCAGCAAACCCUUACCCUUUACUAUCAAAGAUUAGAUCAUUCCUCAUGUUCAAUUGAAACAUGGCAGCAUAAAAAGAAGGUUACAAAAGCAUGGAGAAAAAGGUACGUGAAUGUAAAUUUGUAUGGUAUGUUUCUAUCACUUUGUAACUGUUAGAAAAUGUUAUAUGCAUUUCAAAAAGUGAUCUUUGCACUCUGUUUAUGAAGUGCAAACAUCGCUUUUUGAAGGGCAAAUGUGUUCCCAAACUUUAUUUGUACGUUUUUCUUGCAAUUUAUUGCAAAAGAUUGUAUAAUUUAGAAAAGGGAAGGGGGAAUAUUGGUUCUUGUGUAUUGAAUAUUCUACUCUGUUGUGAACAAAAGCAUGGUAUUAUUGUGUAUAUGGCUUCAAUUACUAUUUCUGGCUUGUUUUGU